AUGGAUUAUUCUUGUCAAGAGCUUCAAGAUGAUAUGUGGCUAGACGUCUGGGCUUCGGCCGUCUCUCCAUCUUCUAGGUAUUGGGCCGGUCUUAGACCGGGCCUGGUUAAAGGCAAUCCAAAAUCAAGGAGUUGGUCCUUUGUUGAACGUCCUGGAGCAUUGCUGAUGAUUGCUUUCCUCAUUGCACAACUUGUUGCCACUUUGAUUGCGGUCUACGCCAACUGGGAGUUCGCAGAGGUUAGAGGUAUUGGAUGGGGAUGGGCUGGAGUGAUAUGGCUAUACAGUAUUAUAACAUACUUCCCACUGGACAUUCUCAAGUUUGCCAUUCGCUACAUCUUGAGUGGAAAGGCUUGGCUCAACAUGACUGAGAACAGGACGGCUUUAACGACCAAGAAAGAUUUCGGAAAAGAAGAGAGGGAGGCUCAAUGGGCUGUUUCUCAGAGGACACUUCACGGUUUGCAGCCAAAAGAACCUGUUCACAUCAUUCCUGAGCAAGGAACUUACAGAGAAUUGUCUGAGAUUGCUGAGCAAGCCAAGAGAAGAGCUGAGAUCGCUAGGCUAAGGGAGCUGCACACACUCAAGGGACAUGUGGAAUCAGUAGCGAAGCUAAAGGGCUUGGACAUUGAAACUCCAGGCCACUACACUGUCUAGUCACAAAAAGAAGAACAAACCAAACCAAACAUAUGAUUGAUCUUUUAUCCUUGUUUCUGUUUUUUACUUCUUUUUUUCAUUUCCUUCCCGACCUAUUGAGGUUAUUGUCAGAUAUCUUGCUAGGUUUAGCAAGAUCUAAGUCUACUAAUUUCAAGUUUACAAGAGAAUAAAAUUCUCGAGCUUAUCAAAAAUGUAAAAAAAACUUGAAAUGUUAUGCACGAGAUUGUGGAUGGCUGAUUAUGAUUUGUAAUCUUUCCAUUUAUCUAUGACAGUGUAAUCUCUUAUAUAAGGAACCUCAAUGUUAUGAAUAAACAUAGA